CGUUCGGACCGGGCCGUACGGUGGUGUGCGUGCGCACCGGAGCUAGCUUAUAAAUAGGGGGCUCGGUCGCCGGCCGGGAAUUACUUAGUUUCUUUCAAUUGAUCAAGCAACAUCCCCUCGUUACAUGAAACAACAGCGUUCGCAAGCGGCGAAACAAGAGUUUGAGGAAAGAGAGUUGUUCAACACGCUCGCAAAUCAGAAGCCUAACGAAAACCUCGAAGUAGUGUAACACAAACCGGGUGUGUAUGUCACUAGUGAAGACAGUAACGCAUGAAUUAGAAGGAAGCUGAAUAGCGAACUCGCUAAAACUUUGAAAUAUUCGCACAAAAACCGUGUAACCGCGAGAGAAAGCAAGCAAGCAAAACGGACGGCCCCCCCAUAAGCGCGUGUGUACUUGUGUGAAUGCGUGUGUUAAAAGCCAUAGAACGAACAGCAGAACAACACGUCGCCGGUCUCUUGGUCGUGCUCUCCGUCUGAUGAACUGAGGGAAAAUUGAUUUUCCUCCCAAUCUCUGUCCAAGCAAGCAUCGGAAAACUUCAUGUUUGACGUUUGUCAGGUACAGGGACACAACACGGUACAGCGGCGAAAGCGCAAGAGAAGUGCUGGAAAAUCGUGAUUUUUCCUGUCCACCAAGUGUGUUGUGUGUGUGUUGUGUGCGUGCCGAGUUUUCCUGUGGAAAAGUAUGAGCAGCUAAAAACGAGCCGGAAAACACACACACACGUCCCCGGAAUACGGAGGUCAGCGCCGCCGACGACGACGACGACGACGACGAAUCAAAGUGAUAAUCAAGUGCUGUGAAAUUACAAAUAAUACAUUUUAAAGUUAAAUAAGUACGCGCGUUUUAAGCACGCCUGCGAGUAGAGGAGGAAAUUCUGCAUAGCGCAGCCCCGUCGUUCUCUACACAAGAAUCGCUGUAGAGCGCAAAGCAAACGCCAAAAAACCCAAGGGCAAAAACACGACGCAACGCGUGUCCACUACGUUUCUUAAUCAAGUCUACUAUUAAGCCGAUGUAUAAAUCGCUGUAAGACACCGGUACAAAAAAACACGAAGAGCAAAGCUGAAAAGUUCAAAUAGAAUAUAAUAUAAGGAGAGAGCAUAAACGCAGCUACUACACUACUCAAACAGCACUAAACCACAUCCCAGCCAAAAACGAAGGGCAUCAUCAUCUCCAGUGAAAAAUCCGUGCGCGUGUGAAAAAGUGUGAUUUUUCUCGUGUUUUUCGUGUGCAACUGUGGCUUGUGGACGAGUAUCUCGUCGCCUUUCACGCACAGCAGCAGCACGUUAAAGAGGAAAAUAAACCCCGCGACCUAAAGUUUUCCCGGCGUACCCGCUAAACACCGGGGUUUGAUUUAUGAGUGCGAAUUUGGCUGCAAUCGACGAAUUGGUUGAAGAGUUUCUGAAAAUGGAACUCAUCUCGGUACCGCCGUAUCCGGGCCAGCUGGGCUACCUGGGAUCGACCAAAGUCAACGAUUUCCGAACACCGUUGAUGCCAAUCCCGGCCAAUAGUAACAAAAAUUCUAAUCAAAGCCAACGCCAUCAGAGCCAGCCGCAGCAGCAGCAGCAACAACAGCAGUUGCAGCAGCAGCAGCAACAGGCCGCCAGUCAGCAACAGCAGCAGCAGCAGACGCAAAGUCAGCAGCAGCUGCAGCGCAGUCAUCACAAUAGCAGUAGCCAUCAUCAUCAUCACCACCGUAGUAACGCUUCCCACCAGUUGCAGCAACAGCAGCAGCAGCAACAACUGCUGCAGCAGCAGCAGCGUCAGCAACAACUGCAGCAGCAGCAGCAACAGCAACACUACUACAGCGAGAACCAGUAUCCGCUGGAGCCGGCGACGAUAGCGCUGACUGCUUCGCCGCACGAGGAUGCCCUGCAGAAGCUGACCCAGCGGCUCGAGAGUGAGCUGCGCAUCGCCAAGCGGCAACAUCUGGCCUGCACCGAGGUGCUGCUGCCGGCCGACCUGCUGCCAAGGAUAUCGUCCGAGAUGUUCGAGCAGUCGGAGAAGGAACCGUGCGGCAUUCGUGGCUGCACGAUCUACAUCGAGUUUGAGGAUGAGCCAGAUAACACACGGCGGAUUGCGACUAUGAAGACCGAUCCGAACACCGUGUCCACGUUUGAGCUAUACCUAACGCUUAAACAGGACCGACGAGGAUGGACCUCAAUUUUGCCACAAUUUUUGAAAAAUUUGGCCCGUGGCAGUACAAUCAUGAUCAGUCCGGAGUUCCGGCUGACCAAGAACAAGCUCUACCAUGCUUACGCCGACUAAACGCGUUUCCCCAACGCAAUCCUUCAACCCCCACUUCCCUCCCCCCCCACUCCCUUUCCUUGUCUCCUCAACCCACCGAUUAGGGGGUUAGGGAGGCAGUGGGAAGAAAAAACAAAUCUAAACGCUCAUCAGGCGAGUGUGUGUUUCUCACCACCCACCGUACACCGCAACAACAACAUCUGUGACUCGCUCGGAACGCGCCCCGUGUCCAGUCCAAAAAUGGGGGAGCAGCAGCAUCAUCAGCGUGUGACACACAGGAAACCCACCACGGACGCCACCACCACCACCCAGCCCAACGAACGGAAGUGAAUGUGUGAUACAACAACAACAACAAAAAAUGCAUUCUGUGCGUGUGCGUGCGUGUUGCGUGAAAAAGUGCAGCAAGAAGAAGAAGAAGAAGAAGAAGCCGAGGACUGCAUAUCUCUUAGGUCCGCCGCUCUUCUUCUCUCUUAUGGAGUGUUGUGUGCCCGUCGUCCUCCAGCCAGAGAGAGAGAGAGAGAGUAUUAAUAAAAAGUGGGUGCCGCGCGUGAUGCAAUCUGUGAUUUUAUCCGGUUGGGACGAUUGCUCGAUUUGGGCGAGGAUAGAAGGAAGCAAAGGCAAAGUUGAAGAGCUAUAGAGGAGCCCCGGGUGAGUGUGUGUGGGAUACCAACUCAUCCCCCACCCUCCAAACACCCCCUCCCCCCCUCGAACUGUGAUUAUGUGAUUAUGCGCUCGAAUCGUUUUGUUUGAUUGUUUUGUGUGCCCGGAAAGCAGGAGUUAAAGAAGCAAAACAAAAAUGGCCAUCGAAGAAGAAAAAAGAAAAUUGUGUGGACAGUUUUAUCCAAUCGAAAGCGAAGAAGAAGAUUUCCCGUAUUCGUUCUGGGGGGUGCGGCUGCGUGAGUGUGUCUCUCUGUGUGGUGAUGUGGUGUGUCAAUCAGCUUCUCUCCGCCCCCCCCCGUUGGGUGGUGUUGUGUGGUCGCGCGAUUCCUUGGAGGCGAAUCAACCAUCUCUGGAGUAUGCUGCCCAUACACACACGCGCGCACCCAGCCACUCACCCCCACUCACGGAAGGAGCGGUACGGAUUCAGCAGUAGCAACAGCAUCAGAGAGUAGCGAGAGUCAGCAAGAUGUGUAAUCAUCGUCCAGCAGUCGAGGAUCAUCUUCAAUUUUCCUUCUGAUCGUCCUCUUGGUUCUGGUCAAUCAUCCCCCCACAGCAGGAUUCACAUGUACAGUAACGUGUGCGUGUGUGUGUCCCCUGUGUGUCAACCUCCCCCACUGGACCACCGUCAGCAGCAGCAGCAGCAGCAGCAUCGAGCAGAGUCGCGAGAGGUUGUGCCGGACUUGUGCGCGUGAGUGAGUGUGCGUUUUAUAGGAAGCAAAGGUAGGACGCGGAUUUUCAUCCCACUAUUUUUUUUCUCACUUUGUUCCCCUUAAUCUUAAACAAAAAAACAAGCGAAAGAGGGCAAGAAAAGCAAGAAAAUUUUUGAAGCGCGCGAAAGCCACAAAAAAACAAAUUACACUAUAGUAUGUUAUAACCACUCACCCUACCUCCUUCCGCCUUCCACAAAUCUUCCAUCAUUGAUAUGAUGAAGAGAAUCGAAGCGGUGGCGGUGGGGGGGGAGAAGAGAUGGAAGAGAGGGGAUGCAACUGUGUAUGCAUCGGUUUACAUGGAUAAGAGGAUUUUUUUUGUUGCAAAAAAAAACGAAGGGAAAACGAAGCAGAAGAAACAGUAAACACAAAACACAACUACUUUUUAAGUAUUUUAUAAAUAUUUAAAAAUGAAUUUGAGCAAGCAAAUAAGAGGGAGAUGUACGAGUUUGUGAUGAUGAUGAUGGUGUGUGUGUCCUCCGGUUUCGAAAUGGAGAGAACAAAAAACAAAACACAAAAAAUGUGUAAGGAAGAAGAAAGGGAAAUGGAUAAAGUAGAGCAACAACCACCCCACUCCCAAGUGAUGAUUAAUGUGUAAAACAACAAACAAACAAAAAGCUGAAAUGCUAUAAGUAUGAACAAAAGUAACGGGAGAAGCAAACAAAACAAAUAAGCUAUGAAAAGGGAAGGAAUUUAGUAAGAAGAGGUUAUAGGAGCCAACCAGAAGAACCAUACAACUAAAAUCAACCACAAAAACAUACAUGCAUCCUUAGGCAGGAAAAAAAACACACACACACACACAGCAAUUUGCCACACACAAUUUGCAAUACACAAACCAAGAAAGCUAAUUUUUGAUGAGAUACAAUAGUAGGACAGCGAAACCAAUUUUUACCAAUCACAUAAAACCAGUAAAGCCAAACUAUCGCCACAAACAACGCACAGCCAAAGCUUACAGCACGCGCCCACACCCAUUACGAGUUUUUGGGGCAAAUAGAAAAGAGCACAUAAUACGACCAUCACCAUUACCGUGAAGAACAUUUGGGUAAGAAAAGCUGUCUUUUCACCCCGACCCCCCCUUUUUUUUUUUGAUAAGCAAGAUUUUCAUUCUUCUUUUCAAACUUGUUUAAAAAUUUGUAGGUUUUUCUUUUAAAAUUUUUCCUUGUCUCUCAUUUUGUGAACUUGAAUUAUUUACACCAAUCAAGCAUUUUACUUCGUUCUUAUUUGUAAUCUUUUUUAAUGCGUUUUUCAUUCUUUUCAUUAAUUUAUAUAAAAAAACAUUAGAACCAUUUAAUGUGCUAUGGUUUAAAUUGUACUUGUACUUUUUUUUGGUUUUCUUUGUGUGUUGCGUUCAACCUUCAAGCUUUCUUGAAGUGAGUCUGUUCUGCAACCGUUUCUUGGACGAAUCGUCACUUGUUUUGAUGAGGAAAUUUUGCUACGUUCUUUAUUCUAUUUAAUGUAAGGAUUUUCCUUUGUAAGGUUUCCUUUUUGGGAGGUGUAUGUGUGCGCGUGAGGAGGCUCUUUGGCUAGGUGUGUUCUCUUGUGCUUGUUUGCGCAUUUGCUGGUCGUUUUCUUCCUUUCAGGGAUUUUGGUUCCAAUACCUUCUAAUAAUAACCUGCUCUUCUAAUUGUGAACGAUUAAUUGUGAUGAUUUCCUAGUGAUUUUCCAAUUUUCCUCUUUACAUAUUACGCGUUCCACUGGAACCAAACAUUCAAACACACGCACACACACACACACACACACACACACAUCCUCCUUAUUCAAAAUCAUCCCCCCCAUAAAGGAGUUUGUGGAGAGGAAUGGGGGGAGGGGGGAAGGGUAGGAGUGAGAGAGCCCAGGGGGCUCUCGUUAUCUUCCACCCGGUAUAACCACCCGCGGACGAUGAUUGGUGUUUGUUGUGUGAAUGCUGUUGUGUGUGUUGCUGUCCUUAGCCAGGGACGGACGGUGAAUAGAAUGAUCCUCCCCGUGCCAGGGGUGAAGUGAUCGGUGUUUUUUUUUGUAUUUUUCCUUCUGUUCUCACCACCGAGAACUGUGCCGCAAAGCAAAGCAAGAAAAAAAAAAUUAAAUUAGAAACCGAGUGUUGAGCCCGGUUUGUGUUGAGUUUGUUUUAAAGUUAUAUUGUAGGCAUGUAAAAAUUUCGAAUUAGUGGACGCGAUUAUUCCACACAAUCUCACAAAUACAAACCUACAGCGUAAGAGGAAAAAGGGAAGGGGAGGAAUCACUUGUGUGUGUGCGAGCGCAGGAUGAAGAAGAGGUGCCGCGGGUGUUGUGGCACGAUUUUAGGAUUUUCAAAUUUUUUUUACAACCAACCGUGUAAUGAUGAAGAAGAAUGAAUUAAUAACGAGUAAGAAAACCCGAAGUGGAGGGGAACGAUCAAAUGAUCCCAGGGAGAGGAGGCGGCGGUGUAGGAAGGGAGAGAUACGGAAGGUGUAGGAGCAACGAAAGCAUUUGUGCAUGUGUGUGUGUGUGGAUGUAUGUGUGUGUGUGUUGCAAAGCAAACAUACUAACAAUAAAACUACAAAAAACAAAACGGAUUUUAGUGUUGUAAAACAUGCAGCCGCGCGCGCCCGCUUUUUCAUUUGAAACAGAAAUAUGGAAAAACAGGAAACGUGAAAGUAGCGUGCACUAACAUACUACUAUCGAAUAACCACUACUACUACCAUAGAAAAAAAAGCAGAAGAAAAGAAAGAGGAAAAAAAGGAAUAAAACAAAACACAUAAAAACACACACAUACACACAUACUAAUACAUGUGCGAGCACGCGAUUACAAACUAAUUUUAAGACCAAGAAGGCAUGUGAAAACUGUUGCUGUUUGAAGAGCAUCACGUCUGCAUGUUAUUGUUUCGCACCUCGUUUUUCUAAACUUUUCUGUCGUUUGGUUUUUUGUCUUCUUCUAAUACUUUAGUUACUGUUUCAACCUCACCCCUGUCUUCGGGACAGAAGGUGUUUGUUUUUCCUUCUUCAUCAUUCCCUUUAUGGUUUUCUCUACUUCUAUUUUGCUGUCUGUUUUUCCUGUUUGGCGGGAGGUAUCGCUCUCACUCACUCUCUGCCCCAGUACAAAUCGAAAGGAAAAAAAAGAAAACGGUUAAAACACUGUCCUAUUGUUUUGGGGUAGUAUUUAUUUUGGAAUCUUUGGACGACGACCCCCUAUUGGCAAUAGUUCCUACUUCAGAUUGAUCACUUGGUAAUAAGAAAUUAAGAGGAGGAAAAUAAAACAGAGUUGUGUAUGAUAAAACAAAACGGACAAAAAUCAAAAUAUCGAAAAUCGAUCGAGGGGGAAGGGAUGUGUUGAUGAAAAUGGAAAUUAGGAAUGUAAAAUUUGGAAAAUGUGGAAAACAAAAUGAACAAAAAAAAAACGGAAGAAAAAAAAUGAAAACACAGCACCGAGGAACAAAAAAAAAAAAACAUACAAACAUUAUUAUAAUAACACAGAAAGUGCAGAAAAAAUCAACGUGGUACGCGAAACUAACACAUGAUAAGCGAAUACAUACACACGCAUACAUACACACACAGUUUUUACGGUGUAAGAGGAGGAGGAGGAGUAUGAGGAGGAGAAGUGGACGACGAGGGGUGGUGUUGAAUUGCAUAUAGGGUGUAAGCCGUGGAAGUCAGGAAAGCCGAUAAUAAAGCAUUUGUGAGUAAAGGGAUGGAAAGAAGAACAAGCAAGUUAGGAUGAGACACACACACAUACAACAACCAACUACACACACACGCACUUACAUACUUUUUACACAGAACACUAAAUCACUAUCACACAUACACACACAUAUAAACCUCCGAUCCCAACACAAAACAAAACAAAAUGGGUGGUGUAGUGCCGAUUCCUUUCUAGCGAGGUUGCCUUUUUUCCUUCCUGUUUCGUUUGUUUUUGAAACAAGAAAACAAAUAAUCAUUGAUCUAUAAGCUUAAGCAUAUUACAAAACCGUAAAAAAGGGAAGAAAAUAUUUUUUGAAAAUGUUUUUCCUCUUUUCUCGUCUCGUCCUAGAAACAAACAAAACAAAUUCACACAAACAAAACACACACACACACGAACCAAUCUGAUUUGUGAUUUGUCUCCAUUUGUUUGUUUUGGUGUGCAUAUGUGAAACAAAACAAACAAGUAUAAAAGAGACAAACAAACAAACAAACAAACAAACAAACACGAGCAAGAUAAGAUAAACUGGAGAAUGGGUGUGUAAAUGAAGCGAAAACACAAAAGAGAAAAGCAUGAGAGAUGAUAAUAAGAUUUAAGUGUGCGGUCUUCUAGUAAUACGCGAAAGGAAAAGAAUUGCAGGAGAAAAUGGAAAGGAAGAAGAACAAAAAAGAAAAAGAAAGAAGGGAAAAGAUGGAAAAGCGAAAGGAAAAACACAUAAGUAAUAUGGCGCAUAUUGCACGCUACAGAAGGAAACGAAGCGAACGAAAAGAAAAGAAGAAAAAAAAAAACAAGGAGAAAGAACACAUUAUGUGUGUGAGUGUGUGAAGUGGAGGAUACAAUGUGAAAAGGAAAAAGGAUAAAACCGUUUCAUUUGUGAUAUUUGAAUUUACGAAUUAAGGAUAAAAAUAUCUUUCUCCUGUGUUUUUUUUUUACUACUACUACCCGUUUAACCUUUACCCUACACCGCGCUACUCUAUUAUUAUUAUUAUUAUAAUUUGUUUUAACUUAUGUGUAGUACAGUGUAAACCUUUCCCUUUUCUUCUGCAAGUUCUUUUCUAUGUUUUUUUUUAUUAUUUGUGAUCUCACUGUCUUUUGUUUUUAAGACAAUCCAAUAUAGUCGUAGAAGUUGUUUUUUUGAAGAAAAAAUAAAAUCCCACAUGAACAAAAAAAAAAAAUGUGCAAAAUAACAAAUUUACUUUUCUGUCUUUUUAUUUAUUUAUUUGAAUAAUCCACACUCCCACCUCCUGUCCUGUACACGAGGAUGCACCCGAAAUAUAUGGUUAUUUGUUUGUUUUUUUUUUUGUUGUUGUCUACUCUUGGUUUUUUUUUCUUCUGUUCGGUUGUUUGGUUUGGCCUUUGGUUUUCCGUUUUUUGUUUCCUCUUGCGGUGUUUUUGUUGCUGUUUGUUUUCUUCUUGUUUCUGGUUCGGUUGUUUGGUUUUCACCUUCGUUACGUUUUCCGGUUGGUUUACUACGGCUUACUAUAACUUUUCCGAAUUUUCUGCAUCUUUUGUCAACGAAUUUCCACACGCUCUGUCUGCAUAAUAAACAAACAAAAUAUCAAAACAAAAAUUUACCCUUGGCGAAAAAUAUCAAUUAGCCACAAGAGAGCCCUCCAGCCUGAUGCAAGUACUCAUCGUCGAUGUGUGUCCGUGUGUGUGUGUGGGUGAAAAGAGAGAGAAAAACAAUAAAACUUCACUUGAAAAAGCGUUUUACGUAACCCAAAUCACACCCAGCAACACCCGCCCAAUAGGUGUGUGCAGUUCUAUUUUUCAUAAUACAUCGCAUAUAAUAAAUAGGUAAAAUUAUAACAAACUUACACACACACACACACACUCGUACACCAUGAUGAAAAUAAAGAGAACUACACACGACCAUCUAUACAACACUACUCUCUACACACAUACAAACGGGAGAGCAGCCACUCAGUUGCUAAACACGAGCAAAGGGAAGUUUAGAAAGAAAGGAAGGAAAAAACAAACAAAUGGAAGCUGAAGAAAAACUCUAAUUGUUAUUGCUCUUAUAAUGAGGAAGACAGAGAAAAAGGUGGAGAAAGAAAGCUGACGAAUCAACAGAACGAAACCCGAAAUCCAACCGAAAGAAGCGUAAUGAAACAAAAAAAAAAAAAAAACGGAGACGCAAGAAAAUUACUCAAAAAACUAAUACAAAAAUACUGAAACAAAACUUAACAAAAAAAAAACAAAAAACAAAACGUAUAUGUAUGUGUCUGUAGUAGUUAUUAACAAAUUAAUCAAUAAACAAAACAAAACGGUGACAAAACAUAAUAAAAGUAAACCAAAAAAAAAAACACGACAAACAAACACACAACAAUACAUCAAAUUUUACAACAAUAACCAAAAAAAACUUCACACUUCUCUUCUGAAAAAAACCCGCUUAUAUUUCCCGUGUGGGGGGGAAUUUUUCCGACCCCUAAACUAAAAAAUACAAAAAACCGGUGGUUUGAUGCACACUUGACAAAUGAAUGAGCUAAAAAGAGCGAGCGAGAGAGCGAGAAUGAAAAGAAGGAAAAGGUAAUCCUAUGAUCAUGAUCGAUGUUAAUAAGUGUGCGUGUGUGUGUGUUCUUUGGAGGAACAAGAGACGCCAGAAACCGCUACGUAUUUCUGCUUGUAUAGUGCGUAUUCUCGUCCGUGUUCCGUUCUCAAUCUCAAUAUUUCCCUUAGCCCUUAUUAACCUUGUGGCACGAAGGAAAGAAAAACGAUGCAAACACACAUUCACACACACAGACGGUCCGAAACAAAGUGGGACACGAGCAGGCAAGAAGGGGAAGCAUGAAACAUUUUAAACGAAAUCCCACCAAAAAAAUGCUAUUGAAGGCCUCCUCCUCCCAACUUGAAGCGAUGUUUUGUUGUUGUAGGGCGACCCCAUGUGGACGCUUUUCUUGUGGUUAUGACUCUUUGCUCUGCUCCCUAUUUUUUGCGCGGGUGUAUUUGUCAAGCAAGCUCGCGAGCAGAGAAAUUUGAUGAAGAACCAAGGGAGACAGACGGAUUUGGCCAGGGUUUUCCCCAUUGGGAAGGGAAACCCCAUACGAAACGGGGGAGGAAACUUUGUUGUAUGCUCAUGAAAAGUCGGAAAAAAAGGAUUUAAAAGCAAAGGUGCAGACGAAUGGCUUCGAGAAAAGGAAAAAAUCAACCCCCCUCCCCCCCGUGCUGCUCCUUGGUAUCCUGGAAAACUGUCUUUGGUGUGGCUUGAAGAAGAAAAUCAAAAUUAAACAAAAAACGUUGAACAAGUUGCGGUUGGUAGAACGGGGGUAAGAAGAUGAGAAGUGUUGAUAGAAGAACAGGAAACAAAAAUAGCUGAGGGAGAUACAAACGAGAAAAAAAGGAAACAAAAAAAAUGAACAAGUACUGUGUGUGUGUUUUUCUAUAUUUAUAUAAUAUACAAUAAAAAAAAAAUAUAUAUAUAUAUAUAUAUACACAUAUGUCGAUGGGUAUUAGGGUGGUAUGAAAUAUUAAAAAAGUGAAAAAGAAGAAAAAGAAAUGCAAAAAAAACAGAAAAGUAACAAACGAGCCGUGUCAGAUACAAAUGGGAAUGGAAGAAUGGAAAACAAAGCAAAAACGAAUACAACAAAAAAAAAACACUAGGAUUUUCAAAUUUGAUAAACUAUUGAUAAUAAAAUGAAAAGCCCAACAAAUUUUUACACAAUGACGCUACAAAGGAAGGAGUACGAUAGUGGAAGGGGAAAAAUGUGGAAAGAGAGCGAGAGAACAGGAAGCAGGAGGAUUAAUCAACCAAAACCAAGAUGCAUUCAUACACACAAGAUGAAAAGAGAAAUCAUUCAGCAAGAAGAGAAAGGGAGGUUAAACACAUCUUCCUGCACUCCCGCCCUUCAAUCCAAUUUGCCUUUGCUAAAUGACAAUUCGGUUUUGCUGGCUCUGCUGUUGUAAACGCGGGUUGUUUUGCGUGUGAUGCUGACGAUAAGAACUUUACUUUAAUUUUGUUUUAAAAUAACAUUUUUCAACGGAACAGUUUAAGCCCUGGUAGAAACUGGGCGCUUUCUACACCCCUCCCCCGUCCCAUCUUUUCUAUUGUUCACUGAUGUUGUUUGUUUUAGAAUAACAAAUUGUUCUUCUUUACCAUACCAGUGGGACAGCUUUCCUAUUUGUGCUCUACACAUAUUUCACCAUGAGAGGGCUUUUUUUGCUCUCCAUUUUAUCUACUUUUGGCUUUAUUUUAAUGCUUCUCAUAACUGUGUUGCUGUGGGAAGAAAACGCUGAGAAGAACAGAAGCAACAACAAACCAAUUUAGAUACAUGUUUACUACACCCGAUGCUACAUAAUGCUAACACAAACGAUAAUACAAUUCAUAUCCCGAGAGUAAAACCAGCAACAAAAAAGUAGUGGAAAACUGGAAGCAAAACAAACAAUUAACAUAUAAAUAAAUGGCAAAACGACACAAAAAGGAGAAGAAGAAACAUUACAAAGAAAGACAAACGGCUUCAGUCGGCAGUAGUGAAACAUUGUGUUUGAAGGUAGAGAGCAAAAAAAGUGCAAGUUUUGUGGAUUAUAUAUUGGGAACCGAUAGCUGGAACCGCAGGAGAAGUGAAAAGAGAAGAGAAGAUAGAGAGAUAGCAACAACAAAAACACACACAAAGGGAAGAAAGGUGGUGAAACAAAGUAACAAAAAAAAAAAGUUAAAAUAACACAUCUCAAUAAUCUGUAUGUAAUUGUAGUAGAUUUUGUCCCUCAUUCAAGCAAACCGUAAAAAAGCCCAAACAGUAGAACGAAGAAGAAAAGAAGAGGAAACAAAACAAAACACAAACCCCCAAAAGCUAAUCGUAUUGGAUUGGAACUCACUCAGUAAUCUCACGCUAAUCUCAAUGCAGUGCACACACACACACAUACAAAAGCGCUAAAAACGGAACGGUUUUCUAACACAGUUAGUCGUAGUGAAGCUGUUUGUUUUUUCUCUCUCGUCCAUUUAAAACAUAAACAAAUGAUAGCAAAACAUUAUACGUUGGCUCUCCUCAUCACCUUUUCACAGCUUAUCGUGUGUUGUAGGCUUGUUUGCAGUCACAGAAAAAACAGGAAAAACAAAAAAGGAUAAAUUCGACAGCAAAAAACAAACAAACAAACAUAGAAACAACAAGAAAACAGAAAUAUAAGUAAAUAAUUUAAAACCGAUCAACACAACAGAAGCAAGCAGGCUCUGGAAAAGGAAACGAAUCAACACAACCUAUAUUAACCCUUAUGUGUACAUGUGUAUAAUCGCAGUAGCAGCAGCUGAAAAAAGCAGUGGAACAAACACACUUGAAAACAUUUCAUUUCCCUUUCCCGUUUUUGCCUUGGCAAUGGUAACUUUGACGUAAAAACGUAACUGGAAAAGAGGAAAAGGAACAAAGAAACAUCGAUAAAACACGGACUUACAGGACAGGGAUUGUAAGGUUAGUUUCUUCACAACACAGCUUACUCGUGUAUGUGUGUAUGGUGGCAUUUGGUCAUAUCCCUUUUAGCGCAGCACGCUGCGGGUGGAACGGAGAUAACUGUGUAAAGACUCUUGUUUUAAAAACCUGCAAACGGGAACAAUAAUCAUCAUUUUCCGCGUUUAAGUUGACGUGAAACGUCACAAUUUGUUUGCCUUUUGUGUGAUUGAUUCUUGAUUGGUGUAAUGAGACCGUGGGGAAGAGGGGGGAGGUGAGAGAGAUGAGCUUUUAAACCAGCUUGAGAAGUCGAUGGAGACGCCCGGUACUUGACAGAAAGGGCUGACGUUCGUUUGGCAUUUGGGAACCGUUGCGUGUGUUUGUGGGAGCGACAACAAGAGGGGGCAACACAGAGGUUUUUGUUUUCCUUUCGCCGUAGGAAAGGAAAGCGCAAAGAAAAGAAAAAACAAACAAACAACGGCAACUCAGAACCGAAUCGAUGUACAAAACCUGUAUUGAUUAAUCGUUUACUCUACUCUACUCUGUAAUAUUGAACCCUCCUCUCAAGUAUAGAUAGUGUUUUAGCGUGUAAGUAAUGAUUACUGUGCUGUAUUAGUCCGUAGUUCAACCCAGCUAACGAUGAGUUUUUCUUUUACCGUUUUUUUUCUUAUUUUAAUUUCACCUUUUUUAAUGUUUUACUUUUUGUGUCUCUUUGAAGAUUUUUUUCUUUGUAAUUAGUGAUUGUUUUAUUUUUUUACUCUCGUGUUUAUUUUCUCCCAGUUCAAUUUAUGUUCUUUUUUUUUAAAUUCUCUUGCUCUCCUUUUUAAUUCAUCGUUAGAAAAUGGAUGAAAACUCUCAACGUGAUAUUUGUGAUCGUAUCCCCGUCGUCUCCGUACCAAGCACACACGCAUCAUUCACGAGCGCUCGCGCAUUCGCCUUCUACUAGACGAUCGAAUUUAAACGAACGUCAGCACCACCAACGGUACUACAAGUACCCACAAUGUCUACCCUAAGUACAAAUACAAAGCAAAUGCAAUUUUGCCCCACUUUGCUGUAAAGUACCGGGCGCCUCCAUCAACGUUGGAUGGGCGUUUUUCGUGGUGAUAAAAGCUAUUUUAUAAUCAGUAUUUGAGUAAGUUUUUCAACGCACCCGCGUGCGCUGUGUACUGUUUUCCGUAGUUAGUCGAGCCCCAAUCACAAAAAAAUGAAUAACUCGUUCAGCCGAAGUACUGAUAACUGGCUGCUAGUUUCACCAACAUACACCGGCUCUAGUAUUUUUCCAAUUCCGAAGCCCCCCUUGCCAGAAGGGAAUGUAACGUUUCUUGCCCAUGGGUUUGUUUGCCAACGAAAGGGCAACAAUGUACGCGGUGUGAUACGGCACACAGUUUCUCGAUAUUUAAUGUGAUUGUUCCGUUCGUCCCGUGCUGAUCGUACGCAUUUUGCAUUCCGCAUUAGCAGCAGCAUACGUGUGAAAAUAUUUUUACCCAGACAAAGAAAGGGUCCAUACAUACCCAUACAAAGAAAAACAAAACACAUUAAGUUACAAAAACAAUCCGUCAGCAAAAGUUCGUUAAGUGACCGUUUGAAAGCGCCAGCAAAACAAGAGAGACAAACAAACAACAAACAAAAAACUACUAAAAUAAACUUACAAACAAAAAAUCGAAUGUAGGAAACAAAUUAAACAAAAACGAAAACGCAAAAAAAAAUCUGUCUGUGUAACUCUGUGUGUAAUGGAUAGGUUAAAAGUGGUUAGUAUGGAAGUGAAACGUUGAAGAAGAAGACAAAAUGAAAAGUGCGGGGAGAGAGGAAAGCGGGAUGGGAAAAUAACACAACAAAUUAUAAGUGAUAGUAUCUAAAAGUGAUAAUAAGUAAGGCACAGAGCAGGGGCCCGAACGAGCAAAAACCAAAUAAGAACAAAAAACAUAAACAAACUCGAUCAAACUCGAACGAUUUAGUAUGGAACAAAUUAUGAACAAACGAACACACAACUUGAAACAAUGUUGUAACACACACACACACUCUUGAAAAACAAAAAUUGUGAAAAAAAACCCGAGGCGUGCGUGGUAGGCAUUUAACAAAUUAAGAUCUUAAAAUAACAGCAAAAUACAAAUACAAAAAAAAGAACAAGCAAACAACACUGAUACUAUGUGGUGGAAAAUUUAGUAAAACAAACAAAUAAAUCUUACAAUUUGAAAACAGAAAAAAUAACAACCAAAAUGUAAUAACAACUUGCAAAACUUUUUGGGUGAUUGUGGUGAAAAACAAACAAACAAACAAAACAGCACCACAAUACAAGUAAGUCUUCACCCUUUCCUCGCCGUCGUUUCACCGAAGCAGAUCACAGUUGUUAAGAAAUGGUGAAAAUGGAAAGAAAAGCAAACGCUCUUUCUCGCUGCUUGGCACUGUCUGUUUUGUUUCUUCUUCUGCUGCGCUUCCUUAACAAUCGGGCGAAUAACCUUUUAUGUAACAUCUUGGAAAAGGAUAUCCGAAAGCAUUGAUCAUCUCGCACGUGACGCUCAGUGCGAUAAUGUAAUAAAGAAUAUACCACCCUAAACAACAACAGAAAACAAGACACACCACCACCACCACCAAAGACACUGGUGUUUGGAUGUUCUACGAGAGCUCUACUUUGUCUCUGUUGGUCGUUUCGUCGUUUUCCUUAACGAAUUUUCCUGCUGAGUGUGGUCGAAAAUUAAUACAAACAUAAACUGGUUUCCUACCAAGAAAAAUCCCAUGCCAACCCUUGGGUAGAAAAGAAGGAACAAAAGAAAGUCAAAGGUUUCUCUCCCCGCCCCAACCACCCCCAACCCCUCCCCACUCACGUUCGAAUUGUUACGCGCUGGCACCGUGGAAGAAGGCUAGAGUCCCCUGGAAAAGUUCAAAUACCCACAAAACCCACACACACACACACACACACGUUAGUCCUACGCAUUGGAGAAAAAAAAUCAUGUGAUCAUGCGUGUGUAUGUGUGUGAGGUGUCGUAUGGGAGGCGAGAAAGAAAAAAGCACAUUGUGAUAGUAAACAUCCUUCUUCCACGGUGUCAGCGAACAACAUGAAGAAGUGAACAUGGAAAACAGCAUUACGAAAAUGCGCACAACUUUUGCCAUUUAAAUCUUUUUUUAUUUAGUUUUUUUUAUAUAAAUUUUGUUUCAAUAUAGGCGCAUAAACUCUAUCGUCACAACUAACAAAAGAAAGCCCCCAAACCAAACAAACAAAGAACAAAAAACGCAUGCAAAACUGCAAACUCACAAAUAGUAGGGUGGAGAAAGUAAUAAAAAAACAUACAAAGGGAAAAUCAAUAAACAUGAUACAAAUUAGUAAUGUAAGUGAUUAGUAAGUGUAAGUUGCCGACUACAAAUGUGCAAGUACUAAUAAUAAUACCAAAAAAAAAA